ACCAAAGAAGAAAAAGAAGAAUUAAAGCCAACUUGAUGCAGGGCGGAACGUUUGACCCGGUUCAUAUUUUCUACACGGACACAUUUGCAACGUACCCCAACUAAAAUCCUGGCGAAAUGGAAGUGAAAAACGCUAACGCUGCUAUGCUCAGUAACUAUGAGGUGUUCAAACUCCUGACUGACCUUAAGGAACAAAGGAAGGACAGCGGGAAGAGCAAACACAGCACCGGGCAGCAGAACCUCAACACCAUCAUGUAUGAGACGCUGAAGUACCUGUCAAAGAUGCCCUGCAGCAGGCAGACUCCAGAGAUCGUCAAAGAGUUCCUGACCACCAUGAUGCCUCACAAACUCACAAAGGCAGAAAAACUGCAGCUAUUGAACCACCGGCCACAGACAGCAGUGGAAAUUCAGCUAAUGGUGGAGGAGAGUGAAGAGCGGUUAUCGGAGGAGCAGAUCGAGGAGCUCAUCCAAACGGUCGCAGACGUCCUACCUGGUGACCCGGAGCAGGAGAACGCAGCUCCAGCAGACGCAGAGAUGGAUGAAGCCGUUGAGCAGUCAUGACACAGUGACAGGCCGGAAACGACCCAUAGGUGGAAACUGGAGAGAAGGCUCAAAUGAUUACAGACCUGGACUGGCUGCUUUUACCUGCGCCAUUUUUGCAUCACCGUUUGAACUGAACAACAUGCUGACAGAAGGGAUGCACGAUGGCUGCCUGGCUGUGGCUAAAAGUGCCUCAUCACCUUUGAAAUGCCUCAUUAAAUCAUUCACAUUAAGGUGAAUGAUUUAAUGAAUGGAAGAAGAUAGUUUCUGAUUUGCAUCUAUGUGUACGCAUAAAAAAACAUGCACACGCUUUCAUAAGUACAGGUUAUUGCACAGUGAGUCGCAGAUGUCUUGUUUUGCGUCCAACAGGUCUAAUUUGGGUUUCACAUCAGAUAAUGUUUAUGCAGAGACAGUCUGCUAUUAACCCGGUAUUAUUUUGGUUUCUGACUCAAUGUUAGUCGUGAGAUUCUGCUGUGGUGCAUAGAAAUAAGGGUUUUUGCUGCAAGCUGUAAUAUAAGUCAGUCAUGCAGUUAAACUACAGCACUAACAUAAGGUCAGACAGUGUUAUUAGAGUGGCUAUGUAAUAACAAAGAGAGUAGACAGUUUGGACCAAGAGGUGAUUGUUGUCUCUUAUUCAAGGGUAGAGAUGCAAUCUUUUUUUUAAACAUGCUGAUGUUUUCCUUCUGUAAAAAAAUGAAACGUAAACAGCUGAAAUGUGUCUGCAGCUUUUUGUCACUUUGAA